CCCAACCCCAUCCUCUCCUUAUGUCCUUAUACCUACAGAUGCGCACAUUCCAAAGCGAGCAAUAUUUGAUCUUGACCGGGCUAUCCUUAGAAUGACGGAGAACACUUACACACCAGCUGCCCCAGGAGACUUCUUCUGCCCAGCCGGAGGAACUUGGUACGCGUGCCAGACUGGGACAAAAUUCAUAGGAUGUUGUACUUCUGAUCCGUGCGGAACUGGCUGCUUUGGAGAACGUCUCCGCCCCGCUGGUGUUUCUACGAAAAUUUACGAUCAAUACCCAGGUGGAAGUUGUGGUGGUAACACUGAUUUCUGGACUUGCUUGACCGAACCGACAUUUUGGGGUUGUUGCAACUCUGAUCCGUGCAAGAAUAACUCGACAUGUGCAGUGGGCCAUCUAGAACCUACGUUUAUGAAGCGGCCUGAUCAGAUCGAAUACUUCGGCGCGCUCAAUGUUCUGCUUUCAUCUACCAUUCCUUCAACAUCGAGUCCAUCGGCCACCGCAACAGCCAGUUUAGUCCCUCCUCCGUCAAACUCCGGCUCUUCUACAAAAGUUUCCGGCGCGGUAAUUGGCGGCGCAGUCGGAGGCGCGGUCGCACUGGUCGGAAUCAUUGGAGUAGUCAUUUUUUGCCUGUGUUACAGGAAGAAACGCAAGCAGAACUUGGAUAGUGGAGGAGCAGGAGCACAUACUAGAUUGGCUUCAGAUAAAUAUUCCGAUGUCCCGACAUCCUCGCCACAAUUCAGUGGUUAUUCUCCCCCUCCUACAUACUCAUACGAGUCUCAGGCAUUCUCUGGAAUACCCCAAGAAUUACCAGCAGAGUCCGCGAAUAACAGAUACUCGGAGCUACCAGCCCAGACUGCAGCGCAUCGCUUUUCAGAGCUUCCCGCUGGAGCAACAGAGCCGAGAGAACUUGAAUCCCCGGAGGUCACUCCGAGACUAGCACAGACAGAGUUUGCAUCAGACGCAGCAAAACGACUAGCGCAAGGAUUGGGCUUAACAGGUGCUGUAGAGGACGUGAAGCGCUAGGGCUUGUGUUUGGCAACUUGCUUCGGCAUGCUACGUAACGUUUGCAAUUUUCUUGAGUGAUUACCCAUUAGUAGUGUACAGCUUCGAACGUCCAGAAAAUAUGUUAGCUCUUUGCAGCCGAGUAUUGAUCUCCGGAUCCCUUGUAUCGUGAGCGGGGCUAAGAUGCAGUGGGCAUUGUCCUAGCAUACGAGUUAUGGAAUAGGGCGCAGAGAAGGAGGGAGACACUUCUCUUUAAUUUAUAUUAUUAGUAUAUAGUCAAUUCUUGCGUAUUAUGAGAUCUGUACAACAUCUAUCUAUAAGCCAC